UAUAUAAUAGUUUUAGAUACAUAACAUUUUUCAAAAUUGAAAAUCUUAGUUCUAAUAGAACUGUGUUGUUCAUAUGCCUUUCUUCAAAAUGAGAAUUAUGUAUGAGUUUUCAAAAUUUAGUUGAGACAAUAGUCCUAUAAGUUUACAACGGUUGGUUGUGAGAAUUUUUGGAACAGCAAAGAAAAGUAUUGAAAAACAAUGAUUUCGUCAAUUUCAUGGGUACCAAAAGGAGUAUCAAAACCAGUUAUCUACAUGACCAAAGCCAUGAAGGACGUCCUCAAGGAAUUUUAUGGUGAUGAGGAUCCAUAUCUCAGCAAAGAUAAAAAUGAAUAUGAUUAUGAUUAUGAGGAACUUUGCAAUCCCAUUUAUCCAACGGAUUCUCUCAUUGUUUGUGCACGGCCAAAGGUAGAAGGUAGUGAUAGUUUUGGUAUUCUUGAGGUUUUGAGACUUAAUCCCGACAUCCGACAUCCAGCAUCGCCGUUUACUCACCAUGAAAUCCUAAUUUCAGCAUUGCCGCUUUGCUUAGCUUGGCUUGAUUGUCCCCUUCAAGGAGGAGAGAGAGGGAACUUCUUAGCUGUUGGUUCAAUGAAACCUAAUAUUGGAAUUUUUAACAUUGACGUUAUUCCAGGGGAUGGAAGGGGAGAGCCAUGUAUGGUGUUGGGUAGCACUGAAGAUGAUGGGCACAGUGACGCAGUACUUGGUCUUGCAUGGAACAAAGAGUACAGGAAUAUAAUUGCAAGUGCGAGUGUUGACAAGCAAGUGAAGAUUUGGGAUGUUGUCAGUGGGAAGUGUGAAAUUACGAUGACGGAUCACUCAGACAAGGUUCAAGCUGUUGCUUGGAAUCUCCAUUCACCGCGGCUUCUUCUUAGUGGUUCGUUUGAUGGUACUGUUUUUCUGAAGGACGGGAGGAUGCCAUCAAACGAUGGUUGUGAGUGGAAACUCAAUGCUAAAGUAAAGAGCUUGGCAUGGGAUCCACACUCUGAGCACUCUUUUGUGGUGAGUCUUGCAAAUGGUACUGUUAGAUUGAUUGAUGUUCGGACUGCCAAGUCAGAUUCCGGAUCUGAGUUCAAUGCUAAUGAACACGGCAAAGCUGUUACAUCAGUAUCCUACAAUCCGUCAGCUCCUAAUCUUCUCGCCACUGGAUCGGAGGACGAAACGGUAAAGCUUUGGGAUUUGUCACACAACCAACCUUCUUGUGUGGCCUCUUAUUCUCCAAAAGUAGGGCCUGUCUUUUGUAUUUCAUUCUCGGAAGAAGACCCUUUUUUUUUGGCUAUAGGAGGCUCAAAGGGAAAUUUACGAAUAUGGAACCUUCACCAGGAUUCUGGAAUUUCUCAAAGAUAUGGGAAUUACAUGAAGUAAUUGAACUGUGGGUCAGAUACCUGUUGAAUUUUUUAGCAAUGCUGAAUGGAAAAGAAAGAUCAAAAGAAAAGAAAAAAAAAAGAGAAAUUUUAUGGAACCCUUAUCAUUUGUAUGGCUCAGAACCCUUGAUACGUUGCUCAUUAACAUUAUAGGCUUAUGCCACGUUAGUUUUCUUUUUC